AUGGCCCAGGACAGUGGAGAUCUAUUGUUGGCUGCCCAUUCUCCAAUAGGAGUGACAGGCUUAAGAUGUGUAGAAGCACCUAAUGAAGAGUCUGUAGAAGCACCUAAUGAAGAGUCUGUAGAAGCACCUAAUGAAGAGUCUGUAGAAGCACCAAAUGAAGAGUCUGAGUCUGUAGAAGCACCUAAUGAAGAGUCUGUAGAAGCACCUAAUGAAGAGUCUGUAGAAGCACCUAAUGAAGAGUCUGUAGAAGCACCUAAUGAAGAGUCUGUAGAAGCACCUAAUGAAGAGUCUGUAGAAGCACCUAAUGAAGAGUCUGUAGAAGCACCUAAUGAAGAGUCUGUAGAAGCACAUAAUGAAGAGUCUGUAGAAGCACCUAAUGAAGAGUCUGUAGAAGCACCAAAUGAAGAGUCUGUAGAAGCACCUAAUGAAGAGUCUGUAGAAGCACCAAAUGAAAAGUCUGUAGAAGCACCUAAUGAAGAGUCUGUAGAAGCACCAAAAUGA